CUCCUCAUCUAUAUCAUCGCCGCCCUUCGCCUGCCGGAAUUUCAAGAAGCGCCGGCGUUUCGAAACGGCAAAGAAUGUAACGACACAAAGAUCCACAUAGCAAUGACCCUAGAUGCAACCUACCUCCGUGGUUCAGUCGCCGGAGUCUUCUCCAUCAUCCAACACUCAAGUUGCCCGGAAAACACCGUCUUCCACUUCCUCACCACCCACCGCCUUUCCACCGCCCUCCGCCACACCAUCGCAACCACCUUCCCUUACCUCAACUUCCACCUCCACCACUUCAAUACUGAUCUUGUAAAAAACAAAAUCUCAACCUCCAUCCGCCGUGCACUCGAUCAACCUCUCAACUACGCCCGCAUCUACCUCGCCGACCUCCUCCCCGCCACCGUCCACCGUGUCAUCUACUUCGACUCCGACGUAAUCGUUGUAGACGAUGUCGUCAAGCUAUGGGAAAUAAACCUUAACUCCCACGUCCUUGGAGCACCGGAAUAUUGCCAUGCCAACUUCACCCACUACUUCACACCAAAAUUCUGGUCAAACCCAUAUUUCUCCGGCGUGUUCAAACACCGUCAUGCAAAGCCAUGCUAUUUCAACACCGGCGUAAUGGUGAUUGACAUGAUGAAAUGGAGGAGGUUUAAGAUAACUGAAAAGCUCGAGAAAUGGAUGGAGAUACAAAAAAGAUACCGGAUUUAUGAACUGGGUUCGUUACCUCCGUUUCUGCUUGUAUUCGCCGGAGAUGUUAAAGCGGUGGAGCACCGGUGGAAUCAACACGGACUCGGCGGAGAUAACGUCGAAGGAUUGUGUAGAGAUUUGCAUUCUGGUCCGGUGAGCUUGCUUCACUGGAGUGGAAAAGGAAAGCCGUGGCUGAGAUUGGAUUCGAAACGGCCAUGUCCGCUCGAUGGACUGUGGGCUCCAUACGAUCUCUUCAAGCACGGGACCUUGAUUUCCGACCGGUGAAUUUAAAUGCAGAAAAGAUACCAUCGCCGGAAUCUAUUAUCUAUGGAGUACUUAUCUGCUGCCGCUACAACUGUGUCGGUGGUGAUUGGGAAGGACAAGCUUUCUUUUUUUGGCCGGUAAAAUUUAAAAAAAUGUACAAAGUUUGGAAAAAUAUUUCAUUUUUAGCACCAAAAGUUAUUGUAUGAUUUGUAAAUAUUUUUAUGUUAAAA